CGCUUUUUGUGCUCUGCUCACUGUGCGAAUUAAUUUAUCUCUCCGACCGUCCGCGACUGUUUUUGGGCUCCAAACGAAACUCGAAUAAACGACUUACUUGAGAGAUCGUAACAAAAGCAACAAACCUAUACACACAGUGAUACGAGGCUUUGAGACUUAGAGUUGGAGACAGCUUAUAGAGCUCAGCGAUUUACUUAUAAGCUUUGUGAUCUUUUUCUUUAUUCCUCUCUCCCAUUGUACAAUAAUAAAGUUUGUGUGUUGUUGGUUGUAGACUUGGACAAGGUUCAAUUAAGCGCCACCAAGAGUGAGACAGCCAGUAAACUAAAUCCAGCUGGACAGGCAGUCAGUUUAAUUAAGCCUCUUAGCCAGCUGUGGGCAUUACAUUCAAAGUCAAGACCCAAAGAAAACAGAAAGGCACCAAAAAACCACAACUUGACAUUAUGUAGUGAGCAAAAGUGAAAUUUUCAAUCUCAAAAAAUUAUAAAACCAAGUGGAAAAGAUUUAUUAAGUAUUUUCUCGACAUAUUUUUUCGAAAUGAAGUUUAAUUUAUCCACGGGUUAAUUUAAUGACGCGUGCGCGUGAUAACACUCGACUUCGAGUUGAAUAAUCAAGGAAAAAAAAUAAAAUAACGAAACGAUCGAAGCAACAACAAAAAUAUAAUAAACUUUACUUCUCGAUUAUAAUGUCAGCAAAUAGUGAUCUUCCAAGUAAACAAUUAACAACGCACCAGUUGUGUUUCUGUUUCUGGCAGAGCUAUCGCUACGAACGUGCACGAAAGGGAACGCGCGCAAAAAGCUUUCGCUCAAGCCUACACAUAGAUACUUUUCGUACUUAACCUAUACCUUCUUUAUAACCAACUUGUUGGCCCCAACCCCAGCUCCGGCUCCGGCCCCGCCGUCUUCUCAUCCCGCUUCAUCAUCAACUUCAGUGUGUUGAAUAACAGUAAGCAAAACAAACAAAACUUGAUCUUGAAAUAAAAAAGUAGGUAAAAACGAAAAAACGAAAAAACAACUGAGAAAGAUUACAAACCAAAGAAAACUCACAAACGUCGCGUCGCGUCGUCGUCGGUAAGGUAACAGUGUUGGCUGGCGACCUCUAGACUAAACGGGGGGUCGAGCUUUGCUUGCGGAUAAUUAUUUCGUUUUGACUGUGAUUUUUGUGUGAUAAGAGAAGUGACCCGAGUCGAGUCGAGCUAUACAAAAAUGAGUAUGGAACGAUCGCGAAGCUAUCACGACGUGAUCAGUGAUUCCCGCUCAGGCAGUGGCAGUACCCCCAACAACUCCGGUUGCAAUCCCCUCACCAUUGACAUAAUGGACAGCACACAUCACUGUGCGAGUGAUCACAAUAUCAGCUGCUGCAGCUUGCCAAGUUUCAUGCCCAUAAGUCCGAUCGUGAAGUGUGGCCCGACUGUUAGGGACAUAGCCAGCCCGCGAACUCGUCGCAAAGCCUUCCUCAUUCGAGACAGUUCGGUUCACUCCGACUCAAGCCAUUAUUCGAGUGUCGAUAGUCUGUUGGAGUCAAGAAAGCCCGAUCCAGAGGCGAUCCUCAUCAACCUGGGCUUCGGGCCAGUCGACUCGGAAGACAUUCUCUCACGCAUACCAAAGAGGUUUCUCAAGCCAUCUCAAGUGCGGGGCGUUGAUACAGAGGCGUUUGUCAAACGACUCCAACUGGCCAGCCACUUGCAUGAAAACAGCGUUCUGGGUUAUCGAGGACUGACCGGCAACCCAGAUAUACCGCCAUCGAGUAUUGUUGCCAAGAUAAUGCAGCGUUUUGAGGUGAACGAGCGCAAGAAGUCCCUCGGUUCAAUUGAUCCUCAUCACUUCUAAGAUCUUAUUCAAAAAAUUUUAUAUGUCUGAUAUUAUCUUAAAAAGAAAAUUACUCUUCCUUUUUUAUUAUACUUAAAUAAUUUUCUUAAUAAUUUUAUAAUUUAUAACAAAACAGUCUUGUCGUAUUAAACAUUAUUUUGUGUACAAUAUCAAUGAAAGAUGAUGAAAGUGUGUGUACUUAGGGAUUUAUAUUGUUUUAUUUCCUUUGUUUUUAAUUAUUGUAAUUUGAUUGUUUUUAUCAGCUAAGUGACUUUUAAACAAAUAUAAAUAUUAUUGUCUAGUACUUAAAAAGA